CACUCAAAGCGCGCAGAACUCUGAAAAAGAAACGUUAAAAAACAAAUACAAAAAUCCCCAAAGAUUUGCAAAAACGAGAAAAAGAUCAGUGACAACAAGUGCAGUAAAUAAAUUCAAAAUGAUUAUCAACAACAGAAUGGCCCACCUGCUGGGAUUGGGAAUGAUUUUACUGCUGAUUUGGGAACCCACAUCCACGGAAGGCUACGCUUUGGGACACGCAAAGUUCGGGCGGAUCGAGAAGUUCCCCUACCAGGUGAUGCUCAUCGGCAAGCAGCUGUGGCGCAAACGCAUCCUGUGCGGCGGAACUCUGCUGGAUCGCCGCUGGAUCCUCACCGCCGGCCAUUGCACCAUGGGAGUGACCCACUAUGACGUGUAUCUGGGCACCAAGAGCGUGGAGGAUACGGAGCAGUCGGGCGGUUUGGUCCUGCGAUCGAACAAGUUCAUUGUCCACGAGCGUUUCAAUCCGGAGACGGCGGCCAAUGAUAUUGCCCUGGUCAAGUUGCCGCAGGACAUUGGAUUCACCUCGCGCAUCCAGCCUGCCGCGCUGCCCAGCAGAUAUCGCCAGGAUCAGUUCGCUGGGAUGAGUGUGGUGGCCAGUGGGUGGGGCGCCAUGGUGGAGAUGACCAACUCGGAUUCGAUGCAGUACACCGAACUGCAGGUGAUCUCGAAUGGGGAGUGUGCCCAGGAGUACGAUGUGGUCACGGCGGGCGUGAUCUGUGCCAAGGGUCUGAAGGACGAGACAGUGUGCACCGGCGAUUCGGGUGGACCUCUGGUCCUCAAGGACACCCAGAUUGUGGUGGGCAUUACCAGUUUCGGACCCGCCGAUGGCUGUGAGACCAAUAUUCCCGGAGGAUUCACCCGGGUAACGCACUACCUGGACUGGAUCGAGAGCAAGAUUGGCGGCCAUAACGCCCCACAUCAGCAGUACCAGCGACCCCAUCAUCAUCAGUACAGUGAUAACAAUCUCAUUUAGGAUGGGUCCUCGACGAGCGAGCUCAUCCCCACCACCACUGACUGAAUCUUUAUAGCUUUAUGUUCAAAAGAAAUUCUCCAAUCUUGUGAUAUAUCUCUCAUUGAAAUCUGUACAUUGUUUUUAGCUUUAACUAUUUAAAACAUCUAUAUUUAUUUUAGUUGUAAGAGUAACAGCGGCAGCGCGAAAAGAGAUAAAAAUCAAGCCGCAAACAAAAAGAA